ACACUUUCCAAAUUUUCCUUCUGCAGGGGUUCUCUUCUUUCUUACCAGAUUCAGUUAAGAUUUCUCUUCAGAAAACCGGCAGCGGCUAAGAUGUUUAUAUUUAAAGAGAGAAGUCAUCCGCGAUCAAGUGAGAGGGAACUGGAACCUGGAUAUGGCUUGGGGUAGCAGAUAAAGAUGUCCAAAUUUAAAGAGAGAGGGAAGUCAUCCACAACGUUUACCUGAUCUAGUCUGAUGUUCAUCGGAGCAACGGAUCCUGUCGAUGGAAAUCAAAAUUGUUUGUUGGAUUGGGGGUUUGGCAUGGAAGGGGAAGGGGGCCUCCACAAACCCUCAUUCCCUUUAUUUCCAGUUUGGGUGAGGUUUUAAUUUGCGGUCUCUCCAUAAUCUCUUUGUUUCACAAGUCAAUUGUAGAAUUAGGGUUUACAGAGAAGAAUUAGGAAUUAGGAUAAAUGUUGGGGAAGAUUUGGAUGUGAAACUCUGGGAUCGGGGAAGAAGGUGUUGUGUGAGAAGUAUUAAUGGAGAUAUCUAAAGUUGGGGUGGGAUUGUGUUUGUUGGAAAUGUGAGUGAGUUUGAAAGUGGGUUUUACUGGGAGAUUGAUGAAGGCUCGAGAGUGAAUUUUUGGAAUGGUGUCUGGAUAGGGGAUCAUAAGUUUCAGUACUUAGCUAAAGGAGGAUAGGGUGACAGACAGGAAUAUGGAGGAAUGGGCUUUGGGAGUGGAGGAUGGAAUGGAGAUGGGGAGGCUAGGGCCUGAAUGGGAUUUAGGAGGACUUUGUGAGCAAGGUAGAUGGGGUGGGUUUGAAGGAAAAUAUGGAAGAUGUGUGGUGGUGGAAGUUUGAUAGGGACACUGUCUAUAUGAUAAAAAAGCUUAUGAAGAGAUGGUGAGAAAGGAGAGGGUGAUAGAGAAAGAUCUAUUGAAUAGAUUGCUGAGAAUUUGUUGGGUUAAUUUGGUGGGGAGGAUGCUAUGUGUAUCUUCUAUAAGGAAGAAAUGGAAUGCGUUGAUCAUGCUAUGAAGUGCAAGAACAUCAAGAGGAUAUGGAUGGAUGUGCGUAGGUAGUGGGGGGUGGAUUUUGUGUUAACCUACUUCAGUUAGGGAAUUAUGUUUGCAGAUUGUGUAUGGGAUGUGUGGGAAAAAGGAAAGACAUACGUUAGCUUUGGUGUUUUUGGGGGUCUUGUGGUACAGUUGUGGAGGAAUGGUCAAAUAUUUCAAGAAGUGCAGAUGCAAGAAGAUUGAUGGAUUGAAUUGAUGCAAAUGAAGCCUUUUCACCUGGUUCAAUGGUAGAGCAAAAGGAUGUAACUACACGUUUCAGGAAUGGUGGGACAGCCUGUGACAUUGUGUUAUAGAAUGGUUAUGGUGGUGGGGGUGGGGGUUGGGGGGGGCAUAAUAUCCCCUUUGUCUUAUCAUUUGCAUAAUUCAGCAUCGGAGCAUUGAUUAGAGAACUCAACAUACUUCCACUUCUAAUAUUUUUCAUGUUUCCAUUUUUAGAAUGUAAUCAGAAUUCCAUAUUAGUAUUUUAAUACAAGUACGUUGAUUUUCUUUUUCCUUAUGCAGUGUUUGCUGUCAACAAUGAAACACAAACUCAAAUACAAACAAGCCAUCCAGGUUCCUCGUCUUUGACUCUUUGUGCUGCUUGACUUAUGAUUACUUUAUGAAUGCAAGUAUUGUUCUGUUGAAUUUGUUUUGUAUUUUUCAUUUUUGUACUGUUUUCUUGAAGAUUUGCAGUUUGAUUGUGUAGUGUAUACCAUGUUAUGUAAAAACUAGUUGUUUAUUUAAUUUUUAUAAUUAAAGGAUAAAGAUGUGAAAUUGAA